GGAACAUUUUUUGAGUCCAACUCCGUAUUUCAACCUCAUCCACGACGCCCAGCACCACCUCCAGCGUAUUCGCACAACACACCGUGAACUCGCAUUCUCACAGCUAGAAAUUCCGCCGCCAUGGGUCGUCUUCACUCCAACGGAAAGGGUAUCUCGUCGUCCGCGACCCCCUACUCGCGCACGCCCCCGUCCUGGCUCAAGACCACCCCCGCCCAAGUCGAGGAGCAGAUCUGCCGCCUCGCCCGCAAGGGCGCCACCCCCUCCCAGAUCGGUGUCGUUCUGCGUGACUCCCACGGCAUCGCUCAGGUCCGCAUCGUUACCGGUAACAAGAUCCUGCGAAUCCUCAAGUCGAAUGGCCUCGCCCCUGAGCUCCCCGAGGAUCUGUACAUGUUGAUUAAGAAGGCCGUCUCCGUCCGAAAGCACCUCGAGCGCAACCGCAAGGACAAGGACGCCAAGUUCCGCCUCAUCCUGAUCGAGUCUCGAAUCCACCGUCUCGCCCGCUACUACAAGUCGGUCGGCGUCCUGCCCCCGACCUGGAAGUACGAGAGCGCCACUGCCAGCACCAUCGUCGCGUAAACGAGUUCUAUCCCGUUGCCCCGUCCCUCUUUUAUCUCCGAGGGGCGGUCGUGCAUCUGGCACGCAUGUAGAAAAGGAAGGGAACAAGAAAAAGCCGCUUGGUCCGUCUGCCUAUCUAGUCCGGCCCGGGUAUGGCCAUGGCGUUCGCGGGAAGAAACGGAUGGACGGAGCUGCUUUAUACGGGCAAGUCGAUAGCGGAGGCGGAAAGGGGAAAGGAUUGCACCUUAGUUCUGGUCGUAUAAGAGUAGAGCAAACAAUCAAUCCCACGCACGCAUACACGUAUGCAUGCCUGAUACCAAAGAUCAAUGCGAGAUAUUCC